AUGUCCACUACAUACCUCAUCUCCGGAGCGAACCGAGGAAUUGGAUAUGGGCUGGCAGGUCUAAUUCUCGCGCGGCCGAACACGACUCUGGUAGCCCUAGUUCGGGAUCCAGAACACGAGACUUCGAAAUCCCUGCAUGCGCUGGCAAAAGCUGAGCACGCAAGAGUCAUUGUCCUGGCAUACGAAGCGAUGGAUCCCGACUCGGCCGCCACCGCUAUCGCCACCGCGCAGCACACCCACGGAGUCGACCAUAUUGACAUCCUGAUCGCCAACGCCGGCGGCAUGAGCUGGCGCGGGCCCACCGUUUCGGUGCCAGCCUCAGAAAUCCACAACGCGAUCAGUCUGAACACUCUUAGCCCGCUGCACCUGUUCCGCGCGGCAGUCCACCUCCUCCGAGCUCCGUCUCCGUCCCGCGACGGCCCGGCCAAAUUCUUCGCCAUCUCCUCCGGGACUUCGUCGAUCAGCCUGCUCCCCACAAUGCCUUAUGCAACGACCGUACCAUACGGGCUCAGCAAGGCGGCGCUGAACUACCUGAUCCGCAAGCUGAGCACUGAAUACACGGACAUCGUCAUUGAGCUGUUGACGCCUGGCCCCGUCAAGACGGACCUGACCCGCGCAUUCCCGGACCUCAAGGACCUCAUGAAACGCCCCGAGUUCGCCAACAGGCUCGUUGAUAUUGAUAAGAGCGUUGCGGGACUGUUGGAGUGUGUGGAUAGCGCCAGAUUCAAGAGUGAUGGCGAUGAGGGCACGCAUGGUGGGUUUAGAGAUUACUCUGGCGCGACGGUUCCAUGGUAA